AUGAGUGCUGGAGGUGCUUUUAUCACUGGGUAUAAGCUGUGUAGCACCAGCGAGGCGCAGUGUGUUGCUGCGAAUAGUACUACCGUUUACCAUCAAUGGUCACGACCGACCGUCUCGGCGAACGUGACGUUCACUGUCCAGGCUGAAAACGCCUGUGGUUUUGGCACAGCUUCGUUGCUGGAUUAUUUAUGUGCUUUCCUCGGCUGA